AUGGCCACAGGCGACUACCGGUGCAACCGGACCCUGAGGCUCGAAGCAGGCCAGUCGGUGCUGCCCGGCUCGUUACUCUUCGCGGCGGGGCUGCUGGGCAACGUGUUGGCGUUGGGGCUGCUGUGGCAGCACCAUCUGAAGGCGAAGUUGCAGCGCGGCCAGGGGCGCCCGCGGGCGUCCGCCUUCUACCUUCUGGUGAGCACCCUGGCCGCCACCGACCUGCUGGGCAAGUGUCUGCUGAGCCCGAUCGUGCUGGCCGCCUAUGCUCACAAUCGCAGCCUCAUCGACCUCCACCCCGGGGAGGAAGCGAGCCGCUCCCCCGGCACGCUGUGUCAGCUGUUCGCGUUCCUCAUGGCUUUCUUCGGCUUGGCGUCCACCACGCUGCUGCUGGCCAUGGCCCUGGAGUGCUGGCUCUCGCUCGGCCAGCCUUACUUCUACGAACGCCACACCAGCCGGCGUUGGGGCGCGCUGUUCACCGGCACGGCGGCCGUCCUCUGCGCGCUCUUCUGCGCCCUGCCCUUCCUGGGCUUCGGCAGCAACGUUCAGUACUGUCCGGGCACGUGGUGCUUCAUUCGCAUGGCCGGCGGCGGAUGGCUCUAUUCGGUGCUCUACGCGACCCUGCUGGGCUUGCUGGUGCUGGCCGUGGGCCUGUGCAAUCUGGGCAGCAUGAGGAGCCUCUAUCGGAUGGCGCGUCGGCAGCCCCCGCGCAGGACCCACCUGAUUGACCCUCAGGGCGCAGCCGCCCCUGCCAGGCUCCCUUCCUCCGGGCGCACCGAGGAGCUGGGCCAGUUGGUCCUGCUGGCGCUCAUGACCGCCCUUUUCACCAUCUGCUCCCUGCCGCUGAUCAUCCGAGCUUACAUUGGAGCCUUUGCCCCUGAUGCCAAUGAGGCAGCUGAUCUUACAGCCCUCCGUUUUUUCUCUGUCAACUCCAUUGUGGAUCCCUGGGUCUUCAUCAUUUUUCGGACAUCCAUAUUUCGCAGUUUGCUCCAGCGGUUUUCUAGGAGGCUGAGUUUGAAGAAGGAUCUGCAUUUCCAGGAUCAGCUCUUGGGAACUUGGCAGAGGAAAGAAUCCAAUGACAUACGAUAA